AUGCAUCGACGCAAGGCGAUAUCUCCUGCUAGUAUAGCAGACAGCAGCGGCGUGAUUCUUCUACUGCUGCUGGGCUCUGCGCUCCUCUGCUUCCCAAGCGCGACUAACGGCGCGAGGCACACGGCGCUAAGGUCACAGGGAGUAGCAACGAGCAGCCGGACCAUAGCGCACACGAUAUGGACGUCCGGAAGCACGUUCCUUCGCGGCAAUAUCAAUGGUCAAAGGAGCAGCAGUGGCAGCACUCCAGUUGCGGCUACUACAACCACCGGCGCUACUACAACCGUCGCUGCUGGCUCCGCGGCUGCUAAAACCGCGGCGGCGGGCUCGGGGUGCGCGGCGUCGGCGCUGGAGGGGUUCGCGUGGUCGGCGGCGCUGGGGUCCACUGGACUCACGCUGCAUUGGCGCGCAGUGGACUCGUCGCGCCUCGCCUUGGCGCUGGAAGCGGCGGGCGGCAGCACGGCGGCGGCAGGGUGGUUCGCCGUGGGGUGGUCGGCGACGGGCCGCAUGGCGGCGUCCGACGCCGUGGUGGGCAAUCUGGCGGGCGGCGCCGCUGUCCAGGCGGUGUACAUGAGCGGCACGGCGCAGAGCGACGUUCAGCCCACAAGCAGCUUCGAUAUUGGCAACGCGCAGCUCGCCACGUCACCCUCGGGAUCCACCAUUCUCAAGUUCAACCGCUCAGCAGGAGACGGGUCGGUGCCAGUGAGCGUGCAGGGCAGCAACACGCUCGUGUGGGCGCACUCCCCCGAUGGCUCGCAGACGCUCGGCUUCCACGGCGACUAUGAUGGCGCGCUUCAAGUGGACUUCGCGUGCUCCUCUGCCUCGUCCGGAGGGGGAGGGGGUGGCGGCACUGGUGGGGGCGCGGGGGGAGGCACUGGCGGAGGUGGGGGCGACUAUGGGGGUGACUACAACGGGGGGAACAACGGGGGGAACAACGGGGGAGGUGAUUACGGUGGUGGUAAUGGCGGGAACGGAGGAGGCUAUGGCGGUGGCAGCGGCGGUGGGGGUAAUGGUGGCGGAGGGGGCAAUGGUGGGGGAGCAGGAGGCGGAGGAAGGGGAGGCGGUGGGGGGGACUGCAGGGGAGGGCCUGGGGGCGGACAUGGGGUACCUGGGGGGGGACAAGGGGGCCCUGGGGGCGGUCAGGGCAGACCUGGGAGCGGGCGAGGCGGGCCAGGUGACGGGCAAGGGGGAGCCAGUGGGGGACAGGGCGGAUAUGGGGGCGGACAGGGCGGACCUGGAGCUGGGGGCGGGCAAGGGGGAGCUGGGGGCGGGCAAGGGGGAGCUGGGGGCGGCAAUGGUGGUGACUACAGCAAUGGGGGGGGCUACAGCGGCGGUAAUGGCGGAGGCAGCACAGGCGGACAAGGUGGUUACUACAGCGCUACAGGAGGAGGAGGGGCUGCUGGUGAGGGUGCUGGUGGUGGGGGUGCUGGGGGUGGUGGUGCUGCUGGUGGUGCUGCUGGUGGUGCUGCUGGUGGUGCUGCUGGUGGUGCUGCUGGGGGUGCUGCUGGUGGUGCUGCUGGGGGUGCUGUUGGUGGGGGCUGUGGGGGAGGACAAGGGCAAGGCGGGGGACCUGGGGGACAGGGGGGAAGUGGGGGAGGGCAGGGCGGACCUGGUGGGGGACAGGGGGCCCCUGGAAGCGGGCAAGGGGGAGCUGGAGGCGGGCAGGGCGGACCUGGGGGUGACUAUGGUGGGGGGAGCAAUGGCGGUGACUAUGGUGCUGGUAAUGGCGGUGGUGACUAUAGUGGGGGGAAUGGAGGGGAUUACAACACUGGUGGUGACUACAGCGGGGGGAACACUGGAGGGGGCUAUGGUGGCGGCAAUGGUGGUGACUAUAACGGGGGGAGCAAUGGUGGUGACUAUAACGGGGGGAGUAAUGGUGGUGACUAUAGCGGGGGGAGCAAUGUUGACUACAGUGGGGAUUAUAGUGGAGGGACUGGCGGCGGCAGUCAGGGCGGCAGUCAGGGCGGCCCAUCGGGGGGUAUGAGUGGCGGGGGAGGCAUGGGCGGUGGUGCUGCUGGCGGGGGAAUGGGUGGGCCUGGAGGCAUGGGCGGUGGAGGCAUGGGCGGUGGAGGCAUGGGCGGUGGUGCUGCUGGUGGUGGUCUGGGUGGGGCUGGGGGAAUGGGAGGGGGCGGGGGCAUCGGAGGGGGCGGAGGAAUGAGAGGGCCUGGAGGAGGUGGGAUGGGCGGAGGGGGAGGGAUGGGCGGAGGAGGAGGGAUGGGCGGAGGAGGAGGGAUGGGCGGAGGAGGAGGGAUGGGCGGAGGGGGAGGGAUGGGCGGAGGAGGAGGGAUGGGCGGAGGAGGAGGGAUGGGCGGAGGGGGAGGGAUGGGCGGAGGAGGAGGGAUGGGCGGAGGGGGAGGGAUGGGCGGAGGGGGAGGGAUGGGCGGAGGAGGAGGGAUGGGCGGAGGAGGAGGGAUGGGCGGAGGGGGAGGGAUGGGCGGAGGAGGCAUGGGAGGAGGCAGGCGUUAG